GAGGUAGAUACAGAAAAGGAUUCGAUUGCUUCGUGAGCAUAAAUGAGUGAUCAUUGAAAAAAGUGAAUGCAGUAACGUUUUGGAUUCGGCAGCGAAAACAUGAUGAUAGGCGAUUCGCGCAUCAGCUUUGAGGGUGAUCGAAUCCAUGUAGGUGACACGACUUACUUGAAAACUGCGGGUUUGAUCGAACUCUUGUUCAGGAAGGUACCUGAUGAGACUAGUAUAACCCAGGAUGACAUGGACAAUUACAAAAACAUUAUUUUAACGACGAAUUCACAUAGAAAGUACUAUAAACCUGAUGGUGAAAUUCGUAAGAGCAAGAGUUUCAAAUUUAAUAACGUUAUUGCAAAACUGAUCGAACAGCCCUCUGUAACGGGCAAAGGUAUAGUACCGUUUUACAUGAUCGCUGCCAAGGACGAACGAACGGAUUACGUGUACUGGGACGAUCCCAACGAAUUGGUAGACCGGCUUCGUCUGCUCCUUGCCUCUCGGGAAGCUGGUAACCCCAGUCACUCCAACGAAAUUGUGUCGAUUAUCGAAGAAUUGCGCGAGGCGGGUAUUAUUUAUUAACUCGAUAAAACGAUCGCGAUCGCCACUUUGAAUAUGAGUGUCGACGUGUUUGGACGUCAGCUGAG